AUGAUAUCUAACACCUGUAAAUUUACAGGACAUGGACACCUGGACGAACAUUUCACGGUGAUUUUUAACACCUGUAAAUUCUCAGGACAUGGGCACCUUGACAAACAUUUCAAGAUGAUAUCUAACACCUGUAAAUUCACAGGACAUGGACACCUGGAUGAACCUUUCAAUGUUAUAUCUAACACCUGUGAAUUCACAGGGCAUGGACACCUGAACGAACUUUGCAAGGGGAUAUCUAACACCUGUAAAUUCACAGGACAUGGACACCUGGACAAACCUUUCAAUGUUAUAUCUAACACCUGUAAAGUCACAGGACAUGGACAUCGGUACGAACAUUUGAAAGUGAUAUAUAUCACUUGUGAAUUCACAGGACAUAGACACCUGGAGAAUCCUUUCAAAGUGAUAUCGAACACCUGUAAAUCCACAGGACAUGAGCACCUGGAAGAGUCUUUCAAGGUGAUAUCUAACACCUGUAAAUUCACAGGACAUGGAAACCUGAACGAACUUUGCAAGGGGAUGUCUAACACCUGGACCCCUGGACGAACUUUUCUAGGUGAUAUCUAA